UCCAACAUGGAUCCCAUGAAAGUGGAAGUUAAGGAAAUUGAUAAUCUCUUCAAAUUGGAUCCAUAUUUAAAGCCAUUCGAAAGAGAGAUACGUCGUAGAAAUGGUGUCCUUCAAGAUUGGAUUGGUAAAAUUGAAAAACUUGAAGGUGGCAUGGACACCUUCAGCCAGGGUUACAAAUACUAUGGCCUACAUUUUUUACCCGAUAAUUCGGUGGUGGCUCGAGAGUGGGCACCCGGUGCCAAGGAUGUAUAUUUAACGGGAGAUUUUAACAAUUGGCAAUGGGAGGCCACCCCCUUUAAAAAGCUCGAUUUCGGUAAAUGGGAAUUACAUUUGCCCGCAAAUGCCGAUGGCACACCACCCAUAAAGCAUUUAAGUGAAAUUAAAGUGAUUAUACGCAAUCAGGCGGGACAAUUGCUGGAUCGAUUGUCACCGUGGGCGGUGUAUGUUAAACAACCGCCCAAAGAAGCAAAUCAGGGUGUUAAUUACAAACAAUAUGUAUGGAAUCCACCGGCUGCGGAACGUUAUCAUUGUCAACAUCCCAAGGCGAAAAGGCCAAAGUCGUUGCGUAUCUAUGAAUGUCAUGUGGGUAUUGCCUCGCAGGAACCCUGCAUUGGUUCCUAUGAUAAUUUUGCCAACAAUAUAUUGCCACGCAUCAAGAAGCAAGGUUAUAAUGCCAUACAAGUUAUGGCCAUAAUGGAACAUGCCUAUUAUGCCAGUUUUGGUUAUCAGGUGACUAGCUUCUUUGCGGCCUCAAGUCGUUAUGGUACACCGGAACAGUUGAAACGUAUGAUUGAUGUGGCCCAUUCACAUGGUCUGUAUGUUUUGCUUGAUGUGGUGCACUCACAUGCCAGCAAAAAUGUCCAGGAUGGUUUGAAUCAAUUUGAUGGUACGAAUAGUUGUUAUUUCCAUGAUGGCAGUCGUGGUGAACAUGCCCUAUGGGAUAGUCGUCUGUUCAACUAUAUGGAAUAUGAAGUUUUGAGAUUUUUGUUAUCGAAUUUACGGUGGUGGCAUGAUGAAUAUAAAUUUGAUGGUUAUAGAUUCGAUGGCGUCACCUCCAUGUUAUAUCAUUCCCGUGGCAUUGGCGAGGGCUUUAGUGGGGAUUAUAAUGAAUAUUUUGGCCUUAAUGUGGAUACGGAUGCUCUCAACUAUUUGGCCUUGGCCAAUCAUAUGCUGCAUACACAAAAUCCGGAAUGCAUCACAAUUGCAGAGGAUGUCUCUGGCAUGCCCACCUUAUGCCGUCCCAUUGUUGAGGGUGGUAUUGGUUUUGAUUAUCGCCUUGGUAUGGCCAUACCCGACAAAUGGAUUGAAUUGCUGAAAGAAAUACCCGAUGACCAGUGGAAAAUGGGUGACAUUGUACACACCCUGACAAAUCGUCGUUGGAAAGAAAACACUGUGGCCUAUGCUGAGUCCCAUGAUCAAGCCUUGGUGGGUGAUAAGACCAUUGCUUUUUGGCUAAUGGACAAGGAUAUGUAUACCCACAUGUCGGUACUGUCCGAACCCAAUUUGGUUAUCGAUCGCGGCUUGGCCUUACACAAAAUGAUACGCCUUAUAACUCAUGCCUUGGGCGGUGAGGCCUAUUUAAAUUUUAUGGGCAAUGAAUUUGGCCAUCCAGAAUGGUUAGAUUUCCCCCGGGCCGGUAAUAAUGAUUCCUAUCACUAUGCUCGCCGUCAAUGGAAUCUGGUCGAUGAUGAGCUGCUGAAAUAUAAAUUCCUUAAUGAAUUUGAUCGUGCCAUGCAUCAACUGGAGGAACGUUUCGGUUGGUUGCAUUCCGAUCCAGCCUAUGUUAGCUGGAAACAUGAAGGUGAUAAAAUAAUUGCUUUUGAGCGUGCCGGUUUGGUAUUUGUUUUCAAUUUCCAUCCGACACAAAGUUUCACCGGCUAUCGGGUUGGUACCAAUUGGGCUGGUACCUAUAAAAUAUGUCUGUCGUCGGACGAUGCCGAAUUUGGUGGUUUCAAUCGGCUGGACAAGGAAUGCAGACAUGUGACAAGAGGUGAACAUUAUGGUGGUCGGGAGAACUUUUUCGAAGUAUACGCCCCGGCACGUACCGCUGUGGUCUAUGAACAUAUUAGUGAUUAG